AAUAUCAUGCAUUUAUGGCUGUGCAGUGAGUACGUACCUACCCUACAAGCAUCUGAUAGAAAAUGUAACUGAAACAGGGAAAAACCAAGGAGGAGCUUCGUCAUAAGUUAUAACUGUGCUUCUGUGGCUAGCCUAUCAGACGCGUCAACCGAAGCCACCUUGGAACUUAGUGGCAUCCACCAUCCCGUCUUAUCCACUAUUCUGUGUAAGAGGUAUCCAGCCACCCAAUUUUGUAUGCAAAGGUACAAAUUCUUCAUAUAUUUCAGGAACCGCUAAGGUUACUUGACUUUUUACCACGACUCUCUGCUUUCAGUUUUGAGGCUAUUCGCACCGAUAUUUUACAGUAAAAUGGAUCUACAAGAACAGGUCGCCCGGGUAUGUCGUCAACGGCUAGUAGUCACGUCACCGAAGAUUGAGCCUGCUGAAAGGCUCGUUGAACGGCAACAGGCCCCUUGGCCCCUCCAACCCGUACAAGCGAAUCGACGUCCUCACUGGCGAUAUAAGAACGCCGAGAACACGAGAAAAAAGGCAAAGGAGCUUACGAGGGAUCAACGGCACGAGAUACAAGUUUUGAAGAAAUAUCACCCUGAGCUGACGUACCUGGACUUGUCAAAAUGGACCGGAUUUACGUAUAGCCAAGUUCAAAGGGCCCUCACUGGCCCUCUAUCGCCACAAAAGCGUGCCGGCCCAUAUAGAACAAAUACAUUUAGAUGCUCGGAUUGCCCCGAGACUUAUACUAUUGAAUGGCUGCCUAUUAGCCCUGAUUUGAAUCCUAUUGAGAACCUAUUGACCUGGGUGAGAAAUUGGCUUGAAUUGAAUUACAGCAUGAGGAAUUCGGGGUCUCAGGAAUUGAAAGAGGCUAUUCUUAGGGCCUGGGAAGCCGUUCCUGAGGAUCGAUUGAUGUCGCUUUCGUUGUCAAUGUAUAGUAGAAUGGGGGAUGUUCGAAAUAACGGUGGUAGGGAACAAGACUAUUGAUCUUUGCUAAAUCUAUGUACUUGAGUCUUCCUAAUAGACCUUGUGGCACGCGGUCAACUGUCAUGAAUUGGGGAAACGGAGUUGAUCCUAGUUGCAUUACAACAAAAAGGAAGACUACGCGUUAAACAUCGU